UACUACUGUUUGAAAUUGUAUUCUUGUUUUUCAUCAAUUAUGUCAUUAAAGGUGUAAAUGACAGAACGAGCUACUAUUUCGUAAUAGUUGCAGUUUUUAAUAUUUUGUCAAAGUUAAAGUUUUCCAUAGCGGUUUAUCGAAAUUCCAAUGUAAACGUUUGAUCGUGUUUCCGUUAUCUAACAACAACACUGGAUCUUCGAUAAAAGUUCGUGUUACGUGAUUUAGUUUAGUGUACGAUAGAGCUGAGUCUUUAUUUUGAGUGUGAGAUGAAAUUAACAACUUGUUUGUUUUUGUGUUGUAUUUUGGAGAUGUCAAGAUGGACGUCUUCACAAAAAACGGGAAAAUCGGAAAAUGAAUGCAUAGCAACCAAUGGUCGCCACGCUAAACUUGUUUCAAUUAUGAACUGUCCAGAAUUGUUAAAUAUUGCCAGGAAGCCAACGAUUACGACAGUCGAGGAAAGGCAUCUCAAAGCACAUACUCUUGGAAACCAUGUCUGUUGUGAAGCGCCGAUGAUUUCAACAACUGCUCGCAGCACUUCUGCUAGUAGAAGCAUUCCUGAACCUGAUGCUGAUUAUGCUGAUAUACCACUGGCUACCACUGACAUUAUUCCUAGUAAUAGAAUGCCUGCAUCUGAUUAUGGUGAAUUAUUCCAACCUUCAUCAUUACUACCAAAAGCGAAUGAUUGUGGCUUGGAACCCGCAAGCGAACGAAUCAUCGGCGGAAAUGCAACCCAAAUUGAUCAAUUUCGAUGGACGGUAGCUUUGGAUUACAACCACCAUAGAUGGAAAGGAGUUCUUUGUGGAGGUUCCCUAAUCAACACAAGAUACGUAUUGACUGCUGCGCACUGUGUUGACUUAUUGCGAAGUGAACAAGAUCUUACGCUUCGCUUGGGUGAAUGGGAUAUUGAACAGCACGAAGAUUGUGACGGUGAUGGAAACUGUAAUCCUAAGGUUAUAUUAGCGAAAGUAGAGCGGAGAAUUAUUCACCCAGAAUAUAAGAGAAAGGACAAAAUCAACGAUAUUGCACUCAUUAGGAUGAAACAAGCUCUCUCAAAGACCUACUAUUCACAUAUUUUGCCCAUAUGUAUGCCAUUUUCAACAGAGCUUAUGCAUGAAUCUUUCAACAACGUAAUUGUCAGUGUUGUUGGUUGGGGAUUGAACGAGAAUGGAACCGGAAGUCGUUACAAAAUAUACACAAACGUAACAACUGUUGACCAGGAAAGGUAUAAAUAUGAAACAGGAAAGUCACUAAAAGAUAAUCAAAUUAGUACUAAAUCCUCAAAUGAUACCCUUCGUGACGCCUGUGAAGGCGACUCAGGAGGUCCCCUACAAAUUCAAAUGAACGGGACAUACUAUCUUAUUGGGAUUGUCAUCCAUGGCCCCCGCUGCGAUUUUCGGAUUCCUCAACCAUCGGUUUACACCAGAGUCACGUCAUACAAGGACUGGAUAUUGGAAAAUAUAACUGAUUGACACCAGUUACUCGGAACCGCGAACUUGACAUCGGCAUACCAUAUAAAAAAAAUAAUAAAUGAGAAAUAUAUUUUAGGGAAUUCA